CGGCAGAGCCUCGUACGGGAAAGUGCUUCGUCUGUCGCGUCAGUACUCUCGAAGCUCCCUCGUACGCGGUCACCGCGUGCACAUCUCACCGUCCUCCCUCUUUCCACUCGUAUUUCCGACCCUGGUCCACCUCAUCGCACCACGUCGUUCGUUCAGGCAAAUUUUCGUUUCGGCGCGAAGGCUAUGAACCGCGCGCGUCCUCGACAAAACCAACGCUCUUCCCGACUCCGCUCCAAUUGACCUGGUCACGAGCGCGGGAGAAAACCGCUCGCUCGUUCGAGCGAGCGUCGUUGCUUCCUUCCGGCUGUCACACGCGUCCUGUAUUCUUACCUGGUUGCCCACCUUCCUUCCUUCCUUCUUUUCAGCUUCACUCGCUUUCUUUAUCGCGUUUACCUCUAUCAUCGGCGAGCAAAAACGUUCCGCGUGUUUUGCGGUUGCAUUUUGUGAAACCGAGCGCUUUGUGUUUCGUGCGUCCUCGUUUUGUCCAGUGUCGUUCUGUUGAUUUUUUGAGGAUUUUGCGACGGCCUUUUGUCCACGGAGGAUCGCCGAGGAAACGAUUUCUGGAGCCCGGGUACCUUUUGAGGGGGGCUUUCGACGUUGCCGACUUGGAGUGGCGCGCCACGGUUUUCACCACGAGUGAAAUACACCUCCACCAAGUGCGCGAUCCCGAGGCGGCUACGAGGAUCCGACUCGGCGCGCUUCGAGGGUGAUGAGAGCGGCACGCUGUGGAGGUUGAAGUGGCUGUUGAGAAGGACGAGGAAGUGGCGAGGUUCGUAAAAAUCGGCACCGAGGGCAUACGAUCCAGGCAGCGGUAGUAGUGGCGGAGCGACAGGGGUACUAUGGGAGCGGGGGUAUGGGGGGCGGAGGAGGGCUACAAGCCACGGACCUCCGGCGAAGGCUCGAGUUCCAGCGCACCGGAGGAACUUGUUCGCAGGUUCUUCGGUCCCUAAGGCACGACGGCUACCAUGCUACCGAGGAGAACGCCGCGUGUGACGACCGCGAGGACAGGAGGACUGACCACGAAGCAAUUCUCGCUUCCGGUCAGCCCACCUGCACAGGCUGUCGGCCGUAUUGGCGGCAGAAGAACGACGCGGUCGAGAAAGAGGAGACUCUAAAGCGACGCAUGCUCGAGUCGGAUGGGAUCGGCGCGGUGUACCGGAAGCUGCGGCUCUGCCUGAGCGUUUUCGGGCACGCGGAUAAGAACGAUGAGACGGAGGACGACGACGAGGACGAAGAGAAGAGGCAUCGGUUACGGUGGUAUCGCAGGGACUUCCGACGGAUCGUAGAAGUGACGACAAGGGCUCUACUCCUUGGCAUCGCGCUCCUCGUCACGCCAGGACUCUGUCAGCAGGACGCGGUGCACAUUACGGCUAUCCUCGGGGAGAGCGUUGUCUUCAACUGUCAAGUAGAGUUCCCCGGUGAGCACCCAGUGCCCUACGUUCUCCAAUGGGAGAAGAAGGUAGGCGACACGGAGACACCGAUAUACAUAUGGUACGAGUCGUAUCCGACCCACAGUGGCGAAGGAUACGAGGGUCGCGUCUCGAAAGUGAACGAGAAUUCACCGUACGGCCAGGCUAGCCUCAAUCUGACGAAUAUCCGCGAGAGCGAUCAAGGAUGGUACAAGUGCAAGGUCGUCUUCCUCAACAGGUCACCCAACAGUCACAAGAACGGUACCUGGUUUCACUUAGACGUCCACGCACCACCCAGAUUCAGCAUCACGCCGGAAGAUAUGAUUUACGUGAAUCUGGGCGAUGCGAUAAUACUCAACUGCCAGGCUGAGGGCACUCCGACGCCAGAGCUCCUUUGGUACAAGGACGCGAAUCCCGUCGAGCCGAAUGGCCGGGACGUCGGGAUAUUCAACGAUGGCACGGAGCUCAGGCUCUCGACGAUCAAGAACGAGGACAUCGGCGAUUACACCUGCCUCGCUAGAAAUGGAGAGGGUCAGAUCAGCCACACCGCACGCGUCGUCGUCGCGGGUGGAGCCGUCAUCAUGGUGCCGCCGACGAAUCAAACGAAGCUAGAAGGCGAGAAGGUGCAGUUCUCCUGCGAGGCGAAGGCUCUCCCGGGUAACGUGACAGUGCGUUGGUUCCGCGAAGGUGCCCCCGUCACGGAAGUUUCUUCCUUGGACACCAGAGUGUCCAUCAAGAUGGACGGUAGCCUGAUCAUCAACCCCGUCAGCGCCGAUGACUCCGGACAAUACCUGUGCGAGGUCACGAACGGCAUCGGCGAGCCUCAAACUGCUAGCGCCUACCUGAACGUCGAGUAUCCGGCGAAGGUCACGUUCACACCCACUGUCCAGUACCUGCCGUUUCGUCUGGCCGGUGUGGUCCAGUGUUACAUAAAAGCCAAUCCGCCCUUGCAAUACGUGACCUGGACCAAGGAUAAGCGCCUACUCGAGCCUUAUCAGACAAAGGACAUCGUUAUCAUGAACAACGGCUCCCUGCUCUUUACACGGGUCAAUGAGAAUCACCAAGGCAGAUAUACCUGCACGCCUUAUAACGCCCAAGGCACUCAGGGCAGUUCGGGCGCGAUGGAGGUCCUCGUACGAAAUCCGCCCGUCUUCACCCUCGAGCCGGAAUCGGUGUACACGAAGAAGGUCGGCGAGACCGUCGAGAUGCACUGCGACGCUCAAGAGGCCGAGGGCACCCAGAAACCAACGAUACAAUGGCAUCGGAGGGAUGGUGUGGCCAUCCAACGCAACCGCGCGAAGAUCGUUGGCGGUAAUCUGACCAUCGAGAGCCUUCGGCGUGCGGACUUUGGCUUUUAUCAAUGCGUCGCCUCCAACGAAGUCGCCACCAUCUCGGCCUCGACGCAGCUGAUCGUCGAGGGCACGCAACCCCAUGCACCUUACAACGUGUCGGGCACUGCCACGCAAUUCUCGGUAACGCUAACUUGGUUACCAGGCUAUUCCGGCGGUCCUGAUUACAAGCAAGAUUAUACUAUCUGGUAUAGGGAAUCAGGAACCUCGGAAUGGAAGACAAUCCCCGUAACUCCGUCGGGCAGCACGACGGUGACGAUAAACAAUCUCACGCCCAGCACGCUCUACGAGUUCCAGGUAAUUGGGAAGAACGCCCUGGGCGAGGGAAUGCUCAGCAAAGUCAUCACAGUCAGGACGCUCGACAUCCUUGAUUACAAUACUCUCGUAUUACCAACUGAUUCCACAGGAAACCCGAUGUUUCCGCCCAUCGUACGGCCAAAAGGACCAAAGCCAGGUACUCCCCGGAACCUGACGGUGACGGAGAUCAGCAACGGUUUCCUGAUAACCUGGCAACCUCCUGUGGAACGUAGCCAUCUUAUCCAAUAUUACACCAUCAAGUACAAGACGGACGGACCUUGGAAAACGCUCAACAAGGGCCAGAUACGACCCGAGGAGACCAGUUAUUUAGUGAAGAACCUGGUCGGUGGUAGGACCUACUAUUUCCAAGUGUUCGCCAACUCGGCCACGAAUUACGGCGCGAGCGACCAGGUCAAGUUCCCAGUGCCAGCUCGCGUCAAGCACAAAGCGAUCACCGCGGGCGUCGUGGGCGGUAUCCUCUUCUUCCUCGUCGCCAUCAUCCUCAGUAUAUGCGCGGUGAAGAUCUGCAAUAAGCGGAAGAGACGAAAACAGGAGAAAGAACUGCUUUCAGCGUAUAAUAUGGUGGCCUGCCGGGUCACCGACGCCAGGAACGGCGCAGGGCAGGGGCCGCAGGGAACAGUGCCUUUGAAAAAACCUAGAAAAAGCCGAGUACCAGGUUUAAGUCUCCUGAAGGAGAUUCUGAGCCCGGACAGCCCGGACUCGUGCCGCUGUCGUCCGCUGGGCAAGAUCUCCCGGGCGGCCGAUGGUCGCUUCGUCGUGGCGGACUCGGUGCUCAGCUCGGCCAACAACAGCAUCCUAGACGUCUCGAGCAGCGACGACGGUGGUUUUCUGCCGAAGCAGCGGCUCAAGUCCUCGUGGCGACGCCCGCUGGUCGGCAACAGCCAACUCAGCCUAAGAUCUGACGGCAGCGGCGUCUCCAUCGGGCAGCCGCCGUCAUCCGGGUACCAUCACGGCGCCACGAAUUCCCUGGCGAGAAUACCAGCUGCGAACGUCUGUGCCAUCGCGUCACCCAGAUUCCUGGCUAGCUCGCCGAGCGGCGCCCAAGUCCCCUGGACGCCUCUGUACUUCAGUGAUCUCAGCUCGGUCCAGCAACCAUCCUCCGGCGAACGUUCCUUCCCGACGCCGCCCGGCUACCUUCAGCUGCGCAGCGUACAUCAGCGUUACAGCCAGGAGUUGCCGUCGCUCAAGGCGAUCCACGCCGAGUCCAGGCGUUUUGUGCCGGUGCAGCCGUUGGCGACGUCAUCGCCACCCCAACCGGCCGGAAGACCCAGGGCGAGACUACCCCCGCGGCACGCCAGGCACGCGCGUUCCGCGCCGGAACUCGCGGCCUCGCCCGACCUAGAGACUUCGCCCGAGAGCAGGUCCAGUAGCUCGGGCUUCGGCAGUAAGAACACCUCGCAGCAGAACCAGAGUUCGCGAAGCGGCAGCACGGUAGCCGAAUGGCGGCCGCCACCUUAUCGGCCACCCCCGCCGCCCCUCGUCGGCCGCUGGCUUGAGCUUCAGGACCAGGCCAAGGUUGGGCAUACACACAUACAGAACGCCGUAGAUGCCGGUAGCGUCGACGGUCAUUACGAGUUCGACCCGGUGUCGUGCACGCCAACGCCCACGUCGGCCUCGACGCCCACGCGGGAGGAAAGGCCACCGAUGCAUCAGAUUCACACCAUCCAUGUUCCCCACAUCCAUCAGGUGCACACGGUGCAUCAUCAAGCGCCGAGGUAUAGCAGGGACAACAUCGAAGCCAGGGUACAGGCGAUGAAGGCCGAGUUCCAUCAGUUCCGGCAGAGACAGGCGAGGCGGAAGCAGAGCGUGCACUUGGAAAGCGCGUGCUGAGGAGCGCGUCGACCAACUCGAACUAGAUUCGACCGAUCGAUUAAUGGGGUUUUCAGAUUCGUUACUGCCCCGCUGCACCGCGAGUCUAAGCAAUCAAGAACGCAAAACGUGAGUAGAGUCGGUAACUCGGCUGGUUGCGUUCGCGGAGGAGUAGGAGACGAAGGAGACGACUCCUUGUAAAAGACGCAAAAGACGGCUAAAUGCAAGUUGAGUAUGGUGGGUGCGGGACGACGCAGCAGCAUCCGCUGCAGACGAGGGAAGACACGACCUACACGACGUGAGAGUGAAGGAGAUAGAUCACGAGACGAGGAUCAACACUCGAAGAGCCGAACGACGAGAGUGAGGAGAGAGACUCAGAAGAAGACUUGAGUCCAACGAUUGAACUUUGGUACUGGCUUUCAUUAACCGCGGAGGAUCGCGACAUCAACGUUGACGACGACGCGACAACGUGAUCAUCACCGAAGACCAACCACCGCAGCACAACGAGGAUCAUCAUCACACGUGAUUCCGCAUUAGGGGAGUUUUAAGUCAAUUCUCGUAGCUGGACAUCCAUCUACAAAAGAAGGCUGUUAUAAGCGUCUCAGCUCAGGAGAUACAUAAGUUUCGCACGACCACACGACGAGAUACGGGAGCGACGUAGUAGAAACCGUGCGUUUAAGACGAUAAUCCUUCGGAGCCUCGCCCGUUAACUGAUUUAAGAGGACCGAUCGAGUGUCCUACGGGGGAAGCAAUCUCGAUAUCAUUUACCCGGGAGUUAACCCAGCGAUGCUCAGCGACAUCCGGGGUUCUCGCUGGGACGAUGAUAGGGAACGAAGUGCGCAAAUGAGAAAAAGAAUAUGAGAGAAACGUACGUUCGAACGCGAUUAUUAUUGGUCAUAUCCCGCGUACACCAACCGCGCCUACGUCCGGUUUAGAGGACCGUGAUUUUUAACGUUACUAUAAUAUAAUAAUGUAGAGGAAGGUACGCUGAAGGGAGAGAAGUCGACAAGAAUGGCUAGGGAGAGAUCUUUCUUUUCUAACUCAGUGGAACUGUCCUAGAAAGUAGGAAGUGUUUAGAGAAGAGGCAGGAACGAUCUCCCGGUUGGCUCAAGGGGAUGUUAACGUAGACGAUAGAUUGUCUCGCAUCGCGACCGGGGGGGAGGGAGACAAGGAACGAUGAUAGAGAAGGGAAAUGACGGAGUUAAGUAAAGAGGGGGAUAGUUAUGUCGGUAUGAUACUCCAAAGAAACUGUACCACUGUACAUGCUCCGUAUACCUUUUAAACGAGAAGCGUAAGAUUAAAUUUAAUCGUACACGUGUAAGUAACAAUUAAAUACGAAAGAAAAACAAAAAAAGUAAGAUAAUCGAAGAAUUACCACACAGACACACACAGAAAUAAAAAAAAGUAAUUAUAUCGAUGAGCAAUGGACUCGAAACGUGAUAUUAGGCCGAAGCUUGCCUCGAGAUUGCUUAAGGACUCACUCGUACUGCACUGCCUGUUUAGGGUUUCACUAGCGACCCAACGUAUUAUCGGCACAAUAAUUUUUCUUAAGCAACGUAAAAAGAAAAAAAAACGAGAAUAAGAGUAACGUUCUUUGAAUCUACACGCGCUCGGCCGGUAUAAUGCGCGACGCUUUGCGCCCGCACGCUCGCCAUGCGCGCCGCUGGUUCGGCGACACGCUGAUUACCGCCUAUCGGCACUCCGUGGUCUACCGGUCGCCCCCCUCGAGAUUAGAGAUUAGCUCCGCGAGAAAAUACACGUUCGACGACGAACGUGACGUAGACCGGACUUAAAAAAUAAAACAAAGGAUAUAUAUAUAUACAUGAUAAUAAUAAUAAUAAAAUAAUCGGAAAUAUAUGUAGGGAGAGAAAAUUCUACACGAAGAAUAAAAUCAUUCUUUUAACGAACUGCCAAUGGAAAGAAUCGCCCAGAUCGUGUGCGCUCGAUUAAUUUUGUAGGGAGACGCGCGUCGACGUUCGGUAAAUAUAAGUCAAACUAAAAGAGUAACAUGGUGUAAUAAACAGGUAGGGAAGGGCGAACCGAUAGAGGAGCACACGGCACAUCGUCGCCGGAAGGGGCGUGCGCGCGUACUCGCCAGUGUUCGUGUGUAUUAGAGGAGAAAGAGGAGUUUAAAAGACAUAUGUACACAAGCAUCCCCACACAGCAGGUACGAGCAAACAAGAUACACAACACAAACAAACACACACGUACACACACAACAGAGAAUACGAGAGAAGCGUUCUUCGACACCCACCUAAUUCUCACGCAUCAGAUUAUCUCGAAUCUCGCGAGGUCGGGGGCCGGCGAUCGCAGAUCACGGGGAAUUUCCGGGCGAAUCUACGGGCUAAUCAGUAUCGAGCUGCGCGACCUAAAACGUGUACCACGUGUCCAUGAGAAGCGUCACCCUCCGAGUGCGGAGGACAGUCGUUUACCCCCCUUAUCCUUUUCUAAUUCUCUCCCUCACACACCCUUUUUAACUCUUUAUCUCUCCCUUUUUCGCUUCCCCUUUCUCUCUCUCUCUCUUUACGCGACCGCGAACAAUUCCCCGUGUGGCAAUGACGAUCGGCCCAGCCCCCGACCCCCCGGCAUUUUACUUUCUUUAUAGUACAAACACUUAUUUAUAUACGUACGUAUUAUACAUAUUUAUUAUAAAUAUUAGCAAAAGGGCCCUACUCACGAUUCAACUAUACUUCGACGGACCGUAAUGCCGAGAGCACGAAGAAGAUGAUGAUGAAUAAGAAAGAAUGACGUGGACGCUGUCGAGGCGGGACACUCUGUACAAUUUCGUUAAAAUGCACGUGUGUGUGAGUAAGUGUACGUGCGGGAGUGCAUGCAUGCGUGCGUGCGUGCGUGCGUGUGUGCGUGCGUAAGACGCGCGAGAGUAGAUGAAUGCGCGGAAUGACGAGAGGCGGAUGAACGGAUGGGAAGAGGAAUAGAAGCGUGAGCGUGAAAUGCGGCUGUUGUAAAAACAAUGCGUAAAAUGUUACAUACAUACACACUUACACACAUGAACACGAAACACACAUAGUCGCACGCAGAGACGACGAGACAGCAAGGAGGAAAAAAAAGGGAGAAUAAAUGAUAAACGUUAAGUAAAAUAACGGAAGGGGACGCGAAACAGUACCAAUAUUCUAAAGUAAUUCUAAUGGUUGAAUUAAUAAUUUGAUAAUUAAUUGAUAUUGUAAAUCGCGUGAACGACGUAGCGUGUAGCGUAUUAAUCAACGAGAGCGACGAACGCGACGAGUAUUCACUAAUUAAUUAUUGUGUAACCGCGCUGAGAAUAGGGUGAGAACAAUAGGUAACACUUUGGCAGACGAGGAGGGAAGGGGGGGAGAGGUGCGCAAAAGUUCGGCUGGCUGGAGGAAUGGAGUAUUCAUCGCACUUCUCGAUCGCGAAAAUUUUCUCGAGACAAUUCGUUUGACAUACUCUCCGCGAAACACGAGAGAACGCGAGUCUUCUCGAGUCAACGUGCGCAUUCGCCAUAAAAAGAACGCUCUCGACAAGGUGGCGUGUAGCAUCCGACGUUCUGUAAGACGAGCAGAAGAACCGAGUUUCCAACGUAACUCACAAGAGACACCCUCUCUUCCCCUCCUCUGUGAAUGUACGGAUGCGACAAAGGGAAGGAAUCGUGGACGCGAGAGAAGGUGAUCCAACCAACCAACGCAUAUAUAGGUAUAUAAGUAACGUGUAGAUAUAUCAUAGUUAGAUACAACGAGAGAGAGAGAGAGAAUCAUACAGUGUGAAUCACGACAAGCGUGCGGGAAUAAAAGCGUGAGAGAGAAUGGAGAGCGAACGAGCGAGCGAGCAAGCGAGUGAGAGAGAGAGAGAGAGAGAGAGAGAAAGAGAGAAAGAAUCUUAAAUAAGUGAAAGAUGGACGAUCGUUAUUCUGUAGCCUACGCGUAGCGCAAAGGAACGGCUCGUAUGUCCGAAACAGAGAGCAAGGAGCACCAUAAGAAAGGCUGCGAGCAAGAAAGAGAGAUAGAAAAAGAGAGAAUGGAAAAAUGGCGCGUUUAUGGUUUAAUAUGGUUGAAUCGUGAAUCCGUUCGUGUAAACUUCAUCACUAUCCCAUCACGAUGGUUUCGUUCGCCCCUUUGCGUUUGCGAUACUCCUUGCAUCUUCGCCGCGCCACCGUAAAACGUGCGUAAUCUGCGUCAGGUUUACGAGCGAUCGCCAUUCGUGCGUUAAUUAAUUUAAGCGUUACAUUUUUCCGUUUGUUGUGUACCUGAAAGCCAGUCACGGCGCGAAAUUGCGAGCGAGGCUUGCGACCGCCUCGGAGCAGGAGAAAACCCGUCGGGAAAUUUGGUACCGCGGAUCGCGCGCAGCUUGAACGUGCUUCAGGCGAGUCUGCCUGCUUACUCCGCUUGUUAAUUAGUGGCUUCGUGUUCACGAGAUGCAGAAUGAUCUAUCGUAAAUAUGCUACGCUAAUGAAAUCGCGAAAAGCCGCAGCGACUAGCAGUUAACGAUAACGAGAGACGAGCGGCCAUUCGGCUAUAACGAGAAAUCGCGCUCAACGUUGCGUAUCACAGGCAGUAGAUUACAUAAAAAUCGGAACAACUCCGCAGUUGAGUCACGGGCACAUCUUGAUCGCUGCGACACGCUGUAAACGCUCUCUAACGCAUCUGCAAUGAUCGAUAUUCCGAUCGUCAGCGCGAUAUUUAAAUUGCAAACGGCACGACACUGCUCCGAGGUAUUCGCGCGCUUGCGCGUCAAACAAUACGCGGGAUGCGUUAAUUUCAUGUGAAGAUGUCAGUGUUACACGUCGCACGUGAAUGAACUCAUCCAUCGCUCGACGAAGCUUCGCAAAACGUGUUCGAGAAACUGUAGUUCGAAUAGUUCUCGGGUGCUGCGUUUCGCUUGGAUCUGCGAUCGUCAUCCGCGCUGUCAGUUUGUCCGAGAUGUACAAUAUCUUUCCUGCGAUACCAAUCUUUUCGAACGCGAUUCUCGCAUCGAACAAUCGUUAACAAUCGUCCUGCGCAAAGGCGAAAUCCCGAUCGUCGCAACUCCAAGCGAGUGCAUCCGCAAAACUGCAUUUCGAGUGCUCGUCAUCAGCGUAAUCGCUGACAACCACUACCGCGAACUCUGUAACGACUUGCAUCUCGUCGCGCCGAACUGAGGAGGAAACCUUCCCGUUCUCCACUGCGUUCCACUCAUUUCUCGUUUGAGUCGUCAGGAAUAUACUUCCACACCUUGUAACCGUUAGCCUUUUCUCACGCCCUACAUCGAAUCGCUUCUAUACGUACAUGUAACAUGUUCUUCUGUAUCGUCUCUCUUCACUUCCGCUUAUUCUCGACUUAUAUCCGCCGUCGAAUCUGUACGUACGGUGCGUCAAAGGAUACCGCGUUUUCGUUGCCACGUUCGCGUAUGCUCGUUGUUCACCUCCAUACACCAUUCCCAUCCUCCUCUCCCUCUUCCUCCUCCAGAUCCUUCCAUUUGAUUGAUUGAUUGAUUGAUCUAUGCUUUCUCGCGAAUCCCUCAACUCCUCCUCCAUCCCACUCCACCCCAUCCCUCACGAGAGAACUCCAAGACGUACUAACUUAGGACAAAUUGUAGACAAUUUAUUAUUAAAUAAAAUGAAAAAUAAAUCGACAUUUGAAACGAAA